CUGAGAUACACUUCAGUUUUUUCAUCGAGAGCUUGCUGUUCGCAUUUGUCCGCCUGCCCGCGCGUAGAAAACUUGUUACUUAAUUUCCAUUGCUGCCACACGUGCGCUUGACCGUUAAUUGCAGUGCGCUAAUCAGUCGCUUGUCAGCUCAGCUAAGCAAACCCUAAAAUCAGAGCCAAUUAAUCAGCCUGUCUAUGAAUUUGGCAUUACAUAAGAAACGGAUGGCUAAGCGAAAAUAAAAUUUCAACAUUUGCGGAGCGAUUAUUUCAUCAGCAUUCUGGAAACAGCUGAAAAGGAACAGGCAGCAGCACUUAUAGCCAAACAAAAGUCUAAAUCACUGGCAACAAACGAGUGAAAAUAUGAGCUGGGCAACAAAAAAGCAAAGGCAGAAAUGUUUCAACUGUAGCAGCGGCAGCGACAACAACAACCGGAGCAGCAGCAGCAGCAACAGCAACAACAACAGCAGCAACUGUGCGCCUAGCAACAAGAUAAAUUCGUCGAGCGAUUUCCUUUGAUUUGCGC